AAACUUCCGUUUAACACCAAGGCAAGGGAGGUGCAUACGGCUAAGAUCUGGUUAUCAAGGACAGUGGGAGGACAGCAGCUGUACCGAUCAGCGGGUUCACAUUUGCCAACGUCCAAAAGAUUCACGUUGUUCUUGGCACCAGUUCGGGCAUUCAUUUUAUCGCUUCAUGGGAGAUAGGAACACUUUUGAUGAAGCCAAGACAGAGUGUUCGAAUAAUGGUGGGAGAUUGGCAAUUAUCGGAUCAGCAGAACUUAAUACGUUCCUAACAUCGUUUGUAUCGCCUGCCCUUUCGUCACCUUCUUGUUACUGGUUCGGUCUAAGUCGAAGCGCGGAUAUUGAGCUAUUCACCUGGAUUGAUGAAACUCAAAUAAGUAACCCUAUCUGGGCUCCUGGAGAGCCAAGUUCUACUGGGCGAACCUGCGCGUGUUUGUGGUCUGAUGGGAAUGACGCUAACAGACAUGGCAAAUGGGACGGUAGAUCUUGUGGGGACCCACUGCCGUACAUCUGUGAAAGACCACAAGUACCAACUGGACAAUGGACAUAUAUAUCAGGAGUGCAAAACGUGCGGUAUUUAAUGUCAACCUUGGACACAAGCUAUUUCAAUGCAAGGGAUUAUUGUCAUCAAAUAGGUGGACGGCUUGCUCAGUUGAAAACAUCAAAUAUUUAUUCAGCAGUGAAAAAUCGAUUUGGAAAUAUUGGAGACGGAAGAUUUUGGUUUGGGCUUGAUGAUCUGAGCAAGGAAGGUACUUUCCGGUGGGCUGAUGGAACGCUGUUAAGAAAUACAGGAUUCAUUGCAUGGACUCCCGGUGGCCCAGACAAUUACAAAGGGGACGAACAGUGUGUAGAAAAUCGAAAACGCGGCUGGAAUGACCUACUCUGCAACAAUUCACAUAGGUUUGUCUGCGAGAAAUCAGAGGCCCCACCACUCCAUGUACUUGCCAUGACGUCAACACCUUUCGGGAGUUCGGGAGCUACUCCACGUUUCUCAUGCAUACUCAGCCCUCCUGACAACACAGAAGACUCUGUAACCUAUACGGAGAGAGUAAUUGUACAGAGCCUCACCACAGAGGGGUAUACACUGGACGUCCCGGGCACGAAAAUAACUCAGCCUGGUGGAUUAAUACAGGAUCUACCUGGUGAUGUAACAUCAGUUGGAGUUUAUAAGUGCUCGAGUACAUCAACAACUUAUGGUAUUUCAACAUCGGCAGAUGUAACAAUUCUCUCAAAAGACAGACAUUUUCAACCAACUGACGGCCGUCUCACGAAAACGAUUUAUCCAGGGGACAAUAUCACACUCUCAGUUUCUACCACGGAUAUGUACACAGCAGGUGAAGAUGAAAUCCGAUGGAGGACCUUCUCAAACCUUGCUGAAGGAUCUUUGUCUCCAGAGGGGGACGGGGCUCUGACCUAUGCCAUUCGAUCGGCAACGAAGAGAAAUGCUGAUAUUUACGGAACGUUUCAAAACGACAUGGUUGAAAAUCUAAUGUACAGCUUGAUUCGCGUCAUUGUCAGUGAUUGUCCACGUGGCCGAUGGAAUAUCCCAUCCUGUGACCGUCUGUGUGAUAAUUGCUACAAUGGAGGGAUUUGUCACCCUCAAUCAGGAACCUGUAUCUGUCCUCCAGGAUUCAUGGGCAAAAACUGUCUGACUGGUGAGACGUCCAAAUAUUUCUCUACGUAA